CAAAGGCUGGUCCCUCUUUAAAGUAAACUAACGCUCACCCUUUGACUCUUGGUCAAGAGUCGUCCUGAGCUGACCGUGGCUGCCUUCAGCAGCAUUUGGAGUCUUGCAGAGGAAACCUUAGGACCAGCUGCCUCUAGGAACCAUGCCGACGGUGGAUGAUAUUCUAGAACAUAUAGGGGAAUUCCACCUUUUCCAGAAACAGACAUUUUUCCUCUUAGCUCUGCUAUCAGGUGCCUUCACUCCCAUCUACGUGGGCAUCGUCUUCCUGGGUUUCACCCCUAACCACCGCUGCUGGAGUCCUGGGGUGGCCGAGCUGAGCCAGCGAUGUGGCUGGAGCCUAGCAGAGGAGAUGAACUACACUGUGCCGGGCCUGGGGUCUGCGGACGAGGCCUCCUUCCUCAGCCAGUGCAUGCAGUAUGAGGUGGACUGGAACCAGAGCACCCUUGACUGCGUGGACCCACUGUCCAGCCUGGCUGCCAACAGAAGCCACUUGCCACUGAGCCCCUGCCAGCAAGGCUGGGUGUACGACACUCCCGGCUCCUCCAUCGUCACUGAGUUUAACCUGGUGUGUGCUCAGUCCUGGAUGCUGGACCUGUUUCAGUCGGUAGUGAACGUGGGGUUUUUCAUCGGUGCUGUAGGGAUUGGCUACCUAGCAGACAGGUUUGGCCGGAAGUUCUGCCUCUUGGUCAACAUCCUCAUCAAUGCUACCUCUGGGGUUCUCAUGGCAGUUUCCCCCAACUAUGCCUGGAUGUUGGUGUUUCGCUUGCUCCAAGGACUGGUCAGCAAAGCGGGCUGGUUAAUCGGCUACAUUCUGAUUACAGAAUUUGUUGGCCUGGGUUAUCGAAGAACAGUGGGGAUUUGUUACCAAGUGGCCUUUACCAUUGGGCUCCUGAUACUGGCGGGCAUGGCCUAUGCCCUUCCCCACUGGCGGUGGCUGCAGUUCGCUGUGACUCUGCCCAACUUCUGCUUCCUGCUCUAUUUCUGGUGCAUCCCCGAAUCUCCAAGAUGGCUGAUCUCCCAGAACAAAAAUGCGAAGGCCAUGAAGAUAAUUAAGCACAUUGCUAAGAAAAACGGAAAACCAAUGCCAGUAUCUUUUCAGAGCCUGAGAGCAGAUGAGGAUGCUGGUGAGAAGCUGAACCCUUCAUUCCUGGACUUGGUCAGAACCCCUCAGAUAAGGAAACAUACUUUGAUCUUGAUGUACAACUGGUUCACGAGCUCUGUUCUCUACCAGGGCCUCAUCAUGCACAUGGGCCUCGCUGGGGGCAACAUCUACCUGGAUUUCUUCUACUCUGCCCUGGUGGAGUUUCCAGCCGCCUUCCUCAUCAUCCUCACCAUAGACAGGGUUGGUCGUCGCUAUCCCUGGGCUGCGUCAAAUAUGGUGGCAGGAGCGGCCUGUCUAGCUUCGGCUUUUAUCCCUGAUGAUCUGCAGUGGCUGAAAAUCACCAUUGCAUGCCUGGGUAGAAUGGGCAUCACCAUGGCCUAUGAAAUGGUCUGCCUGGUCAACGCUGAGCUGUACCCCACAUACAUCAGGAAUCUCGGCGUCCUUGUCUGCUCCUCCAUGUGUGACAUUGGUGGCAUCAUCACACCUUUCCUGGUCUACCGGCUCACUGACAUCUGGCUGGAGUUCCCACUGGUAGUGUUUGCUGUAGUUGGCCUUGUUGCUGGGGGACUUGUGCUGUUGCUACCUGAGACAAAAGGGAAGGCUCUGCCUGAGACCAUUGAGGACGCCGAGAACAUGCAGAGGCCAAGAAAAAAGAAAGAGAAAAGAAUUUACCUCCAAGGCAAGAAAGCAGGUCUUCAGCUAAGCUAAAGAGAAAGAAUGUGGUCACUGCCGGGCCAGAGGCAGAGCUCUUCCCACCCCACAGACCCACACCACCCAACUGCACUUACCCUUGGACUUGGUCAGUGGGGAGCCACAGCCUCACAGUUCAUGGAACUGGGGUGUCAGACUCUUCUACCAACCAUGGCCUUCCUCCUCACCCUGCUCUCAGCAGUCCCGGGAAAAUGGCCACUGCUUUACUGGAUUUGGUUUUUUCACCUUUACAUUUCUUUAUUUGGUUUCUUUCUCCACUAUGACAUCAAACCAAACUACCCAAGGGAGCUGUGGGCCAGGACAAGCAGAUAUUUUAAAAAAAGGAAAAAAGAUCUGAAAAACAAUAAA